AUGGAAAUAAAAGAGAUAAAAUCCCUCAGUGUUGAAUUAAAACAAGAAUUAGUCAAAUUAUUAGUAGAGAGUGUUGAGACUGGUGAUUUGGGCUUUGCACAUCCAUUGUCAAAGGAAUCAGCAGAGCAAUAUUGGGAUAAGAUAGAAAAAGAUUUAAAAGACAACGAAAAUGAAAUUACAAGAGUAUUAUUAGUUUCAUAUAUCGAUAAUAAAAUUUCGGGCACUGUUCAAUUAUCAUGGAGUUCAAAGUUUUUUACAAAUUGUAAUCAUAGAGCAGAGGUUCAAAAGUUAAUGGUGGGUAACAAUUUUAGGGGUAAAGGAGUUGCAAGAAAGCUGUUGGAAACUAUCGAAAUUUUUGCACAACAAUAUAAAAAGCAACUAUUGAUUUUAGAUACUAGAUCCGAUCUUAGUGUACCAGAAAUGUAUAAAAAAAUGGGUUAUGUCAGUGUGGGUGAUAUUCCAUUCUAUUCUUUAGAAAAUGGUAUAUAUACAUCCACUACAUUUUUUUAUAAAAUUAUUGACAAGAGUUUAAUUAGUAAAGAGCAAGCUUAA